AUGGGGUUGACUUUCUGGCGACCCUUGCUCGGGCGAGGACCAGCAUCAGCGUUAGCUUCGGCAUAUACACGUCGAGCUGUCUACUCGACUACUCCACUCGCCGUCAGACUGCACGAUGAGCUCACGACGCGAAAGCUCCCACUAACCUACGACUACCUACACCCUCAACCCUCCCAUCUUCUCAACCUCACCCUCGCCGACCUACUAGCGCGAUCGCGAUCAGAUCCAAGCGAAACACAGACUCAAGCACAGACAGUCCCAGUCCCAGUCCUCCCUUCAAUCCAACGCCCCUCGCCGCUCCCGAUCGCCCACCACUUGAUCUAUUUCCCGCCCCAGGUAUCCCUGUCGCAAUUACUUCCCGACGGCACUGAUAUCCUCCAUACCCCUGGCGAUCCAUUUAACCGACGGCUCUGGGCAGGUGGUAAUAUCCGAUUUCCGCGGCCAGACCCCCUUCUCGACGGGAGUCGGGCUGUUUGUAUCGAAUCGAUCCGCAAUGUGACCGUCAAGGGACGCGAGGGGGAGGAGAAGGUGAUUGUCACUAUUGAACGACGGGUGGGCACAGUACCCGAGGACGAGGGGGAGGCGGAGAGUUGGCGGCGCAUUUGGACGGAAGAUGAGACUUUGCCUGGGGAGUCGAAUCUUAUUGAGAAUCGAGAUUUGAUCUUUAUGCGGGUCAAGAGUGCGGAUGAGAUUCAGGCGGACCGGGAGUCAUUUGGGAGGCCUGGUCGGAUUGUCAAAUCGCCAUCUAAUGCAACAUUCCGCCAUUCAAUUCUCCCAACAAAGGCCCUCCUAUUCCGAUUCUCGGCACUAACAUUCAACGCGCACUCGAUCCAUCUCGACAAGGACUAUACGCAGAACCAAGAAGGGUAUCGGAACUGUCUAGUGCAUGGCCCGUUGACUCUGACCCUGCUGCUUAGCGUGCUGCAGCGCCAACUUAAACAAGUCAACCUCCAAGUCAGCGAUUUCGAAUACAAAAAUCUGGCGCCUCUUUUUGUUGAGGAAGAGUUGACUGUCUGUGGUAAGCCUAAGAAUGAGAAUGGGGCUUGGGAUGUUUGGAUUGAGGGUCCUGAUGGUGGGUUGGCUGUGAGGGGGACGGCGAGAACUUGUGAGAUAGCAUGA